AUGGAGGUGGACUUUCCAAUCGAAGAGCUAGCAAGCUCCAGUGGGGAAGCACUCGCUGUCCUCCAUUGGCGUGCAAACACCGAUGGCUACGAUCUUGAGUUCGUUCUCGCGCUGCGUCUGAGCCCGCUCCGCCAGCUCCUCCUGGCGGCUCCACUGGAGCCCAAAAUUUACCCUUGUUGCAGAUCAAGUGGGCAAUAUCUCAAAUUACCGCCCUUCACGGAUUUUGAAUCGAUGUUAAACGUCAGUUCCACCUGCCAAGCAAGCCGUCUAUGGCUCAUUGCGUUCAAACUCUGCUACAGUUGGCAAGAGUACACAAUCAAAACCCACCCAGGGGCCCUGGUCGAGAAGCUCAUUGAAGCAUUCUUUGAGAAUGACCCAUACUAUCAUUUGCCGCUAAUGAAUACUAACCCCAACAAUGGGCCGUGGGACAUUUUCAGCUCUACCCACCUCAAAAAGCCCAGCCCAAGGGAGUACUUUAGUACUAGAAUCUGCUGCUUUAGUACAGAUACUGCGCGGUGA